AUGCAUAUCAAAGACAAGUUGGCCCAUGCGGAGGCCACUGGACGCCCUGGAAUUUCCUUCGAAUUUUUCCCUCCGAAAACGGCGCAGGGUGUACAGAAUCUUUACGACCGCAUGGACCGUAUGCAUGGAUAUGGGCCAUCCUUUAUUGACAUCACAUGGGGUGCGGGAGGGCGAUUGUCGGAGCUGACCUGUGAAAUGGUGAAUGUGGCGCAAUCGGUGUACGGUUUGGAAACAUGUAUGCAUCUCACUUGCACAGAUAUGCCUCGUGAGAAAGUUGACGCUGCGAUACAGAGUGCGUUCAAGGCGGGGUGUACGAACAUUUUGGCUUUGCGUGGUGACCCUCCUCGAGAGAAAGAGAAAUGGGAGGCUAUUGAGGGUGGGUUCCGUUACGCUAAAGAUCUAGUCAAAUAUAUUCGUGAUAAAUAUGGCAACCAUUUCGAUAUAGGGGUUGCUGGAUAUCCCGAAGGCUGCGAUGACCAAGAUGACCCUGACUUGCUUAUGCAACAUUUAAAAGAAAAGGUUGAUGCGGGGGGAACAUUUAUUAUUACACAAAUGUUUUACGAUGUCGAUAACUUCUUGGCCUGGGUCAACAAAUGUCGCGACAAUGGGAUUACGGUACCGAUUAUACCUGGCAUCAUGCCAAUUCACACGAUCCCUCCUGAUUGGUUAGAGGCAUUGGAACCUGUGAAGAAUGAUGAUGUAGCUGUGAGAAACCUGGGUAAAUCUCUCGUGGCUAAUAUGUGUAGGAAAAUGCUUGCGGCUGGGAUCCACCACCUGCAUUUCUACACGAUGAAUUUGCAACAAGCAACCAAAAUGGUGCUUGGUGAACUAGAAUUGAUACCGUCUCAUAAAACCCCCCUGCAAAAGCCACUUCCGUGGCGGCAAUCUCUUGGACUUGGCCGAAGAGAAGAAGAUGUGCGACCAAUCUUUUGGAGACAUCGACAUCAAUCAUACGUGGCUCGUACUCAAACAUGGGAUGAAUAUCCAAAUGGCCGUUGGACUGACUCUCGAUCUCCUGCAUUUGGAGAGCUAGAUACUUACGGUAUUGGCCUGAAGGGAACCAACGAGCAAAAUAUCAAACUAUGGGGAGAGCCAAAAUCACUCAAGGAGCUAUCUGAGAUUUUCGUACGUUUUUUGAAUGGCAACCUUGAUAGACUUCCAUGGAGCGAGGGGGCUGUUACAGAGGAAACAGAUGUCAUUAAACUGGAUUUGCUCGACCUGAACCGGAGGGGUUUCCUGACUAUCAACUCCCAACCUGCGAUUGAUGGCAUGCCCUCCUCUCACCCAGUCUACGGAUGGGGUCCGAAGAACGGAUACGUUUACCAAAAGGCAUACCUAGAGCUUCUUAUUUCACCCACAGUGAUCGAUGAUGUUAUUAGCCGCAUCGAACAAAAUCCCGACCUGACCUAUUAUUGCGUUAAUAAAAUAGGAGAAUUGAGGACAAAUACGACCGAUAGUCCUAAUGCAGUUACGUGGGGAAUUUUCGCUUCCAAAGAAAUUAUCCAGCCCACCAUUGUUGAAACAAUUAGCUUCUUGGCUUGGAAGGAUGAAGCGUAUCGACUGGGAGACGACUGGGCCAAGUGCCACGGAGCAUCGAGUCCCAGCAGACGCAUCAUUCAACAAGUGAUGGACAACUGGUAUUUGGUCAAUAUUGUGAACAACGAUUUCCAUAAAACACAUGACAUAUUCAACAUUUUCAAGGAUCUCAAAGUCGAAAACCUAAAUGUACAAGUAGAACCCAUUGCCCAAGCAGCUGAACUUGUUGACAAUGCCCAGGAAAAUAGCCAGGAUCCUCAGAAACAGGUCAACGGCAGUUCAACAGAAGUAACUGAGUCCAAGCAAGAGAUCUCCUCUAAUUAA